CCCUCCCCUCCUUGCCCUUGCCCCCCCCAGUCAAGUCAAGUCGUGCUUAGUCCCAACUCAUCUCAAAUUGGAGCGCGUGAGCAGAGCCAGUCUUUCGAGCCAAGGAAACCCAGCACCUUACCUAAACUCCUGCGCCUGUUUCCCUACCUUACCUCGCUCGACCUUACCUUGUUCUCUCCUCUGACGACCUUGACCUCCACACAUUAUUCACAACCUCACCUCACCUCACCUCACCUCACCUCACCACUCUUCGAGACCGCAUCGAGUCGAAGUUCGCCCAACCACCCUUCGACAAUCAGCAUUCCAACGCCCCGGCAACCCCCUCUCUUGCACAGCCAUUCAUUCCUCGCCUUUUCAGCCUCAGUUUCACUCGGCUGCAAUUCCGUUACAGAAGCAAAGACAGUGAAUCAAAUCGUGGUGGGACAGCCGUCACGUUACUGCCUUAUUCACUGGAGUUGAUCGCAGACCGGUCCUCGUCGCUCAACCCUGCACUCAAUUGCCCAACACGGACUUCACCAGGACAUCAGCAGCUCUCUCGUCAAUCCUGCUCGUCUUCAGCCCUCCGCACUCAAGAUAGCAAACGUUGUUUUGGACCUCAAGAUGUCGCAAAAUCGGCCGGCAGCCUUCUCGAGUCUGAGAAUGGGAGGUAAGAUCACUGCAAGAGCUCAGCUUUGCACUCAACACAUGCUAAUCUUCAAUCCGUAGAGGUGAUCCGCGAAAAGGUCCAAGAUGGCGUUACCGGCGAAACUCGAGAUAUGCAAUACACACAAUGCAAGAUCGUAGGAAAUGGCUCCUUCGGAGUUGUCUUCCAGACCAAGCUCUCGCCUUCUGGUGAGGAUGCCGCUAUCAAGCGCGUUCUGCAAGACAAGAGAUUCAAGAACCGUGAGUUGCAGAUCAUGCGCAUCGUCCGUCAUCCAAACAUUGUCGAACUCAAGGCCUUUUAUUACUCCAAUGGUGAACGAAAGGAUGAGGUCUACCUUAACCUAGUUCAAGAAUAUGUCCCCGAGACCGUCUACCGUGCUUCCAGAUAUUUCAAUAAGAUGAAGACAACCAUGCCAAUCCUCGAGGUCAAGCUCUACAUCUACCAACUCUUUCGCGCACUCGCCUACAUCCACUCUCAGGGAAUCUGCCAUCGCGACAUCAAGCCACAAAAUCUUCUCCUGGAUCCAAGCACUGGUAUUCUGAAGCUCUGUGAUUUUGGUAGCGCAAAGAUCUUGGUAGAGAAUGAGCCAAAUGUUUCGUACAUCUGCUCCCGUUACUACAGAGCCCCUGAGUUGAUUUUCGGCGCCACCAACUACACAACCAAGAUUGAUGUCUGGUCCACUGGCUGUGUUAUGGCAGAAUUGAUGCUUGGUCAACCAUUAUUCCCUGGAGAAUCGGGUAUCGAUCAGCUUGUGGAGAUUAUCAAGGUUUUGGGUACGCCUACGCGUGAUCAAAUUCGUACCAUGAACCCAAAUUACAUGGAGCAUAAAUUCCCCCAGAUCAAACCACACCCAUUCAACAAGGUCUUCCGCAAGGCUGACGCGAACGCAAUCGAGCUUAUCUCGCGUCUCCUUGAAUAUACUCCCACCGAGCGACUCUCAGCCAUUGAUGCCAUGGUUCACCCAUUCUUCGACGAACUGCGGGAUCCUGCAACCCGUUUCCCAGACUCACGUCAUCCAAAUGGCCCUGUAAAGGAUUUACCAACCCUCUUCGAUUUCUCUCGUCAUGAACUCUCCAUCGCCCCACAGCUCAAUAACCGGCUGGUCCCGCAACACAUUCGUCCAAGCUUGGCGGCCCGUGGUCUGGAUAUCGAUAACUUCACGCCCAUGGCAAAGGAUGAGAUGAUGGCUAGGCUGGAUUGAGAGCCUAUGCUUUCCCAAAGAUGAUUGAUGAAUAAAUGCUUUCCUGUCGUUCGGCAACUGGGCUCUAUGAGGAGUCGAUUGUUUCGGAACGUCUCCCACCGGCAAACCACCAUUCAGCAUACUACCUGGUCCUGCAAAUAAAAAGUUGUUUCACCACCUACUGCAGACCAUGAUUGAUUGUGGAAAUACGGAAUAUAUGGGAGAAUACGGGAUCUAUGAUGGUUAUGCGUUUGGAAGAAUACCCACGAGAUGAGAUAUUGGCUGAAAGACGGUGUUUUCUUCUCCCAACGACAUAUCUUGGUCUCAAUUGGUCAAAAUUUCCGUGGACACGACUCGAUCGACUGGUUCAUGGGUUCUGGCUGUCGAUCAACCUUUCCCCUUCAACAAACCUCGUUUUUUAGACUUUUUGCAUGACGGAAAUAGGCCUUUGCUUUUCUAUUCUUCUUGUCCAACUAUUGGCGUGCCUCCUUCGAUAGCGAGCAGAUGGAUUGGGCUGCUGGACUUCCACUGUUGUUUUUCUUCUACAUCCCAAAGAUUCAGGCGUACUUUUACAUUUGAUGGCACGCUUGUGUUCGAUGAUUGCAUGGAAUGGGUUAAUUCCGCGAUGGGGAGGGGCGACCGCCUGGUCUGGCACGGUCAAAAGAUUCCUUUUCCUUUACCUAGGUCAAUGUGCCAUUAGUGGCUAUUAAAAGGGGUUCCGGCUGGCAGAGAUCAUCAAAGAUUUUCCAUACAUGAGAGAUUGGGACUGACAAUGAGACUGAAACUCAAAUUGAAAAUCCUCUCAAAUAUUACGCUUGUAGUAUUGAUACUGACGUGAGA